GACAGACAUUCAAGACCCUAUAGACGAUUGGGCUUUAUUCGCUAAGCAUGUUUCGUCUAACACUUAUCGUUGGAUUUUUCUGCAUCGCAUCAGUUGCUUUGGAAGAUAGUAGUGAAGACAAUGAUCGAAUUAUUGGAGGCCGUAAUAUUGCCAUAACUGAGGCACCAUACCAAAUUUCAAUGCAAAAUAAGGGAAUCCACUUUUGCGGAGGAAGCAUUAUCAGCCCAAAAGUUGUCCUAACGGCUGCCCAUUGUAUAGCCGGUGUCGAUGGCGUUAGCCUAAGCGAUUUAACUUGUCGUGCAGGUUCUACCAUGUGGAGUAAUGGUGGCCAGGUAAGAAAUAUUGUCGCUAUGAUUUCCCAUCCAAAGUACAAUCCAAAAACCAAAGAAGCUGAUAUUGGUGUCUUAAUAUUGAGUCCCGCAUUCAAAUUUGACACCGGAGUGAAACCUAUUAAAUUGGCCGACGGUGUGCCGACAGAUGGAAAAGCCGGCAUAAUCAGUGGUUGGGGUGUUACCAGAGACAAAGGCGUUAUAGUGAGCACUAUGCUUAAAUGUGCCGAAGUAACAUCAAUAUCAAGGAAGAAUUGUUCUCAACCUCCAUGGGAUUACGGUGAUGAAAUAUUACCAAGCAUGAUUUGUGCCAGGGGUGACGGGAAGGACGCAUGCCAAGGAGAUUCUGGUGGACCGUAUGUCAGCAAAGCCACGAAUAAGCUAUGGGGUGUUGUAUCCUGGGGACGAGGUUGUGCGCGAGAAGCCUAUCCAGGUGUGUAUACAGCAGUGGUAGCUUUCAAAAAAUGGAUAACGAAACACAUCGAGGAAAAUAAAUAAAAAUUGAAAAGUGCAGAUAUGUGGUAAAUGUACCAGUAUCUUGCCAUUUGACGCUUUUUCUUAUUUUUCGAAUUAGAUAUGGAUUUGGAUUUAUAAUAAGGAUUUUGGAAUUUUUUUUCUUUUAUAAAAUUCAUAUCAAAUAAAAAUAUAUAAUAAAGCA